AUGCCCCCAAUAACCUUCACGGACGACGAUUUUCAAGGCCUUGAUCACCAGCAAGAUGACCCUAUGGUCAUCACCGUUGAAAUAGAAAACUACGUAGUCAAGAAAGUCCUCGUCGACCAAGGCAGCUCCGUCGACAUCCUCUAUUGGGCCACGUACCAAAAACUUCAACUCACAGACACCGCCGUGGUCCCAUACGACGAACCGAUUUCUGGCUUUUCCGGGGAGAAAGUUUCCACCCGCGACUACAUUGACCUCCAUAGCAUCUUCCGUGAUGGCACCCAAACAAAGACAAUUCCUAUCCGCUUCCUUAUCGUCGACGCACCUACAUCUUAUCACGUACUCCUUGGCCGCCCUUCACUCAACACUCUUGGCGCUGUUGUUUCCACACCUCAUCUAGCCAUGAAGUUCCCCUCCCCAUCUGGCGACAUCCUCACCAUUCAUGGCGACCAAUGCCUUGCACGCGAAUGCUACAUGGCCAGCUUACGCCCACAGCUUCCCAUCCUACAAACCAAUCAUAUUGGGCGACCACCCGGCUCUAAGAUCGCCUUGUCUGGUGACGAUCUAGAUCCCAGAGUUGGUCGAGAUGUCCGCCUUGAACCUGUUGAAGAAACCACCUCCCCUAGAGCUCCCUAA